AUGACCUUCAUCAGCCUCACUCCACCUCUUUUGGCGACUGAUCCGAAACCAAUAGAUCUAAGUAACAACAACGUGCGUCGUACGUUCCCAGUGAUUUAUCAUGCGGCAGGUGUUGAGGCAGGCUACACAAAGGUAGGUAAGUUGGAGCAUGGCGCUGUAGGUGCACAGUGGUUUGUGCCGAUGGUGCACAAUCCGACGAUAGAAAAGGAGACUAUGGAAUACCUAGCAUCCAUGCUGUUGGUUCUAUCGACAUAUAACUCCAUUAUUUUGGAUUAUUAUCAUGCAAAAUGCGGAUUCCCAUUUAGAGGAACUAUUGAAAGGGCUCUAAGUGUCUGA